CCAUGGUAACAGCAGCUGCCACGCCCAUCCCUUUACCAAGCUGGUAGACAAGGCAUGGAGGGAUAGCAAAAGAAGCUCACUGAUUGGUCAACAGUAACCAGCUUUUAACAGACGAAGGGAUUUGAUGUUGUUCUCAUUCUAACUGAUCUCACUUUGGCAACGACUUCUAUCAACAAUUCAAGAAAGGAUGUGCCAUUGUAGACAGCCAGAAAAGAUUGAUUCCAUUGGUUUAUCUUGAGAGGAGGCAGCUUGUUGUUUGGCAGCCCUUCUCUGUAGACACCUUCUUGACGCACCACCUGUCAGAUUUUAUCCCCUCCACUGCAAACAUUUGGACAGGGGCGGUCAGGAUGCCAGAUAAAUGACAUGCCACUACAGACAACGUACACCACCGAGAGCAUCCUGGGUUUUAAAUCAGUACCUCUGCAGAAAGGAGAUGCAACCGAAAACAAACUAUCAAUAUUGAAGUCUGGAUGACAGUAUAUUGUAGUCGUGGGAUACAGUGUAUUUUCAGUACACCAACAACAGAAGUGUUUCAGCAUCAUUUGUCACACACCUCAAACUAACAGUACCUUCAAUUUAUCCUUAAGUGGUAGAAAAAAAGUCUGACAUCGCAUAAUUACUUGAAAAUACAGCAAGAGAGUGUCCAGGCCUCUCCCCUCACCAUCCCCACAGGAAGUGCAACGACCUACAGGUCAACCAAGGCUACUCUCUCUAAAUGGGCCGGUGUCCCCGAGAGGACCUAAUUGCUUCCACUGGGAGAGCACACAUCAAAGCUGCGUAGGUGGUGAUGACGAAGAUUCUUGUCUUUAUGAUGGAUGGAAAAGAUUGACGUAAACCUGGGUCACAUCCGGAAGCAACGUUCAAGCAGGCUUAAAGGAUAAAUUGCGGCAACAUUGACUUCUGGGAGUUGGACUUCUAGUUUCAGAGGGCUUGAACAGAGAUACUGACAGGAAUACAGAGCUGACAAUAAAUGCGGGAAGUGUUUGUGGGGACCUCGGAUUGGAGGACAGUCAGAAGCAAAGGAGGACUGAAAGGCAUCAAUUUGAAAGCGUCGGAAAUCAACAGUUUGCAACGGAUGCAAAAUCGUACCAUGGAAGGUAACGUAACAGGACGCAAUUCAACAAACGAAUUGUCUACUAUUGCUAUUGUAAAUAUAACUGUUGAAAUUAUCAUUGCUGUUGCUGCUGUUACGGGGAACAGUUUCGUCUGCCUCGCUGUCUAUAAGAAUCGGCGCCUGCGCGGAACCACUAACUACUUUAUCGUAUCGCUGGCCGUAGCCGACAUCUGCGUGGGACUCCUCGGAAUUCCGUUUGCGAUCGUGACGUACCUGGGAUUCCCGCAUAAUUUCCAUGGAUGCCUGAUGAUGCUUUCUUUCAUCAUCAUCACCACGCAGAGCUCCAUCUUUAGCCUCCUUGCCAUUGCGGUGGAUCGCUACGUUGCGAUAAUGAACCCAUUACGGUACGAGUACCUUAUGACGACGCGAACUGCCCGCUGGGCUAUCGCUUUGACAUGGGCACUGUCACUCCUUAUCGGCAUGGUCCCCCUUAUGGGCUGGAACCUGGGACCAUCACAAAACGGAUGUGCAUUCACAGCUGUCAUCGACUUUGACUACUUUGUCUACUUUAAUUUCUUCGGCUGCGUGCUGACCCCACUGCUAAUAAUGGGCUUCAUCUAUUCCACUAUCUUCUGGUCGGUACGAAAACAGCUGCGAUCGAUCAAGAGUACCGACAUAACGACUUCCGCCAUCGAGAAGAAAAAGAAGUAUUUUAAGAAAGAGGUAAAGGCUGCGAAGUCGUUGGCUAUUAUAGUUGGACUCUUUGCGGUGUGCUGGCUGCCGCUGCACACAUUAAACUGUAUCGAUCACCUCUGCAGGGAGGCGUGCCCGUAUCCGUACGAACUCCUCAUGACCGCCAUUCUUCUCUCUCACGCCAACUCCGCGGUGAAUCCCGUCAUCUACGCCUUUCGGAACCGCGACUACCGCAACACCUUCAAGAGCCUCGUGCAAUCCUGUUUCUUUUGCUGCCCGUGGACGGAGACCGUGUUCAACCUGUCCGACCAAUCAGUCUCCGAAUCCCGACACAACCAGAUUCAACUGAACGCCUUCAAUCGCUCACAGAUGAACCUGAUACACGGGGCGCUCUCACAAUCACAACCAGCUGUCAAUCAACUCAGCUCACGGUCCCCGUCCAGACUUAGCGUAGUACAAGAACCCACGGAGAAUGUCAAUCACGAAAAUAGCAUGGUGGGUAAAAUCCUAAAAGCGCGCCAGUCUGACCUAAGUUUGACCUCAAUAACUACAAAUCAAAUCAAUGAACUGGAAUGUUAACCUCCAGCCUGCUACAACUGCCCCCAUCUCUGCUGUCCUGUGCUGAUGUUCCAGACAUCUAGCAGGACAAGGGUUAUCACUUAGCAUAAGCCAGGAUGCAGGUUGUGCUAUCAUUGUACUGUAAAUGGUGAAACUUUCUUGAUGUUUUUUUUAUUAUUUCUGACAUUUUCACAGCAAUAUUUCCACCAUGGCACUGCAAAAUACAUUGAUGUCUGCCUUGUAUAAUUACUGUCCUGCAGAUUGUGUUUCAACAUCAAAUUUGAAGAAAGUUUGAAACCAUCCUUUCC